AUGAUCAGUACAGGAGGCAUAAUGCAGACUGAGAGAUGCGUGGGAUCUUUAGUGAACCUUAACAAGUAAGCUGCAUAUUCAAUACUUCUUAGGCAGUUUAAUUGAUCUUGAAUUUAUUGUUAAUCUUCUAUGACAAUCUUUUCAAUUCUAGUGUAUUAUGGAUACAACCUCUAUUGAAAAUCCUUUGGAAACCAUCUUCCGGUGCACUGCUCAUCUGAUCAUGCAUCAGUUCUUGUAUUCUUUAUACAUUUUUGGUAUCUGUGAAAUGUGAUUGUUGAAUGUUGUAUCUUUGUUUUUUUUCUUUCUCCCAAUCACAGGUCUGAAGUCUGCAAGUGUAUGAAUAAAAUUUGCAUAUGCGGUUUUGUUAGAUAAGCCUGUAGCAUUGCUGUGCUGAGUUGAGGAAUUGGGAUGUGAAUCCCAAUUUUGGUUCAGUUCGUUGACUAUGUUGUGAGCUAAGAAUCUCAUCUCGCGGCUAGUAUAGUGUUCUUCAUCAUUCAGUUUCUGGGUUGGUGUCAAGAUGUCCUGCAGUUCUCGACUUUCUUUGCCUUCUAUGCCUUGUCAUCGUUUUGAAGCUGUUGAUCUGGCGUACUUUAUGAAUAAAGCUGUGAAGCUGGUCCAUCAGAAGCAUACUGGUUUUGUGCACAAGCUUGGUCCAACCGGAAAUUAAUGGUGGAUUUAGCUGGAUCACCAAGGCUGCUAGUUUAUACUUCAUAGUUUUCAGUGAUCAUCCACUGUAAAGACAGAAUUGUAUCAGUCUUUUUUGAUCAAUAAAAAAGUUGAAGCUGUUGAAUACUUGAAUAGUAAGAAUGGAAAGGUACAAGAUGAUCAAGGAAGUUGGUAAUGGAACUUUUGGGACUGUAUGGCGAGCGCUAAAUAAGCAGACUGGUCAAGUAGUUGCAAUUAAAAAAAUGAAGAAAAAAUACUAUUCUUUGGAGGAAUGCAUAAAUUUGAGAGAAGUCAAGUCAUUGAGGAAAAUGAACCAUGCAAAUAUUGUGAAGCUCAAGGAAGUCAUCAGGGAACAUGACAUCUUGUACUUUGUGUUUGAGUACAUGGAAUGCAACCUAUACCAGCUCAUGAAGGAUAGGGGAAAACUUUUCUCUGAAUCUGAAGUAAGAAAUUGGUGUUUCCAAGUAUUUCAAGGUCUUGCAUACAUGCAUCAGCGUGGAUACUUCCAUCGUGACCUUAAGCCAGAUCAGUUCCCAACCACCAUUUACCGAGUAUGUUUCAACACGCUGGUGGGUGCUUUCUUCAUUCUCAAGUUGCAUGUUUUCUUAUGCAUCUUCAUUGUACAAGUUAGUUCUGCUUGGCGGAAUGCUUUAUUGACUGCUAAACGUGGACCUGCCAGUUCUGCUUGGCGGUAUGCUUUAUUGACUGCUAAACGUGGACCUGCCAGGUAUCGGGCCCCAGAGGUUCUUCUCCAGUCGCCAAUUUAUAGUUCUGCUGUUGAUAUGUGGGCAAUGGGUGCUAUUAUGGCUGAAUUACUGAGUCUCCGUCCUCUUUUCCCUGGUUCAAGUGAAGCAGAUGAGAUCUAUAAAAUAUGCAGUGUGAUAGGCAGCCCUACAGAAAGUGUAUGGGCUGAGGGUCUUGAACUUGCAAGUGCUAUCAGUUACCAGUUUCCGCAGCUUGCUGGUGUCCAUCUUUCUGCGCUAAUACCAUCUGCAAGUAAUGAUGCAAUUAACCUUAUUACAUUGCUUUGUUCGUGGGAUCCUUGCAAGAGGCCAACAGGCUUGGAGGCCCUUCAGCAUCCUUUCUUCCAGAGUUGCUUUUAUGUUCCUCCAUCUCUUCGUUCUAGAUCUGCUGUUGCUAGAACACCACCAUCUGCUGGAACAAGGGGAGAUUUGGAGCAGAGAUGUGCUAGAAAGUAUUCUGGGCCUUCAUCUAACCCAAAACCCCAAAGCAACUUCUCUUCCACCAAACCAAAUGAAUUGUUAAGCAUAGGUGUGCAACGGAAGUUGGAGAUGAAUUAUCAGGAUGCUAUUAAGAAUGAUAAAUCCAUGAAGAGCUCUGUGAAGCAACAGCCAAGAUAUCGGCCACAUGCUAGGAACAGCCCUUCAGCAAAUCGCAUGGAAAAGGCACGUUCUGUUUCUGAUACAGCUGAGAAGUUGGCGAGCAUGACAGUUGGUUCUCGUAGACCACCUGUGAGGCAGUCAUUGCCUCCUCAACUGAAGGCUGGAGGAUGGCAUGACCAAUCUGAUUGGAUUCUUAGACGAUCUCAGGAGACUCUGCCUGGAAGAAAUUGCACGCGGAAAGUAGUCGGAUGAAGAAAAGCUCUGUUUAGAGGUGUGAUAAUGUUGUGUUAAAAUAAAAAGGGUAUUGUUCCCUAGUUGCAAACAGUGAAUGCACUCAUUGACUAUCUUUUACUCCGACAUCACUUAUUAUCGUGUGCGUUGAUGAACUAGCAAGACUUAACAUACCAGCCUUUCUAUUUUGUGUUGGUUAGAUCCAUUGCUGGUCGUUUCAACAGUCCUUUACAGUAUGGUUCGUAUAUGAUUUGAGGCUUGUGUUGGAUUUCUUUGUGCUCUGUUUUUAAGUCAUUGCGGGAACUGAUACUUGUCAAAUUCAGUACCUUUACAAAUUAAUAUCAAUGUGUGCUUCGAGUUCUGUAAUAACAAAUGGAUAACGAUGUUGAGAUAUUUGCCUUUUUUGAUAAUUGCCUGUAUGUAUUUUUAUUGCCACAUUCUUGACUUUAUUAUUUUCACGGUCAAA